AUGCUGGGACUGGCGUCCCCUCAGUUGAAGCUCCGAGACUAUCAACAAGAAUGCAUCAAAUCCGUAGUCUUGUCUCUGAAGCGAGGACAUAAGCGAGUUGGCAUAUCUCUGGCCACCGGUAGUGGCAAGACAGUCAUCUUUACUCAGCUCAUUGACAAGGUCCACGACCGCGUCAAAAAUGCUGACCAGACUCUCAUCCUGGCCCAUCGCCGUGAGUUGGUUGAGCAGGCUGCUAAGCACUGUCAGCUUGCGUAUCCGGAUAAGAGGAUUGAGAUUGAGAUGGGCUCUCUCCAUGCGUCUGGCACGGCGGAUAUCACCAUUGCAAGCGUCCAAAGCAUAACCUCAAAGGGUCGACUGGACAAGUACGACCCUUCAAAGUUCAAGCUCGUCCUUGUCGACGAGGCCCAUCACAUUGUUGCGCCGGGCUAUCUUAGAACAUUGAAGCACUUUGGUCUCGACGAGAAGCGAUACAACUCGCCCAUUCUGAUAGGAGUAUCGGCUACGUUUUCUCGAUUCGAUGGUGUCAAGCUUGGCGCCGCUAUUGAUGAGAUUGUCUACCACAAGGACUAUGUGGACAUGAUCUCGGACAAGUGGCUCUCGGAUGUUGUCUUUACGACGGUCGAGUCAUCCGCCAACUUAUCCAAAGUCAAGAGCGGCGCAUUCGGUGACUUUCAAACGGGAGAGCUAUCCAAAGUCGUCAACACCGAUAUCAUCAACGACAUCACCGUUCGCAGCUGGAUGGCCAAAGCCCCGGACCGCAAAUCGACCUUGGUUUUCUGCGUCGACCUGGCACACGUCUCAGGCCUGACACGGAAAUUCCGCGAGCACGGGUUUGACGCUAGAUACGUCACCGGCGACACGCCAAAGGUCGAGAGAAGCGCCAUUCUCGAGUCCUUCAAGAAGCGCGAGUUCCCCGUGCUCGUCAACUGCGGCGUCUUCACCGAGGGCACCGAUAUCCCCAACAUCGACUGCAUCGUGCUGGGUAGGCCGACGAGAUCGCGCAACUUGCUGGUGCAGAUGAUUGGGAGAGGCAUGAGGCUGCAUCCGGACAAGAAGAACUGCCACAUCAUCGACAUGGUCUCUAGUCUUGAGACGGGCAUCGUCACGACGCCAACACUGUUCGGCCUCGAUCCGAAUGAAUUGGUCGAAAAGGCCUCAGUCGAUGACAUGAGAAAAAUCAAGGACCAAAAGGCAGCAGAGGCGGAACAGCAACAGGAGAGCUCGGGCGCCAAUCCAACCUCUUCUCCAGCAGUGACCUUUACCGAUUACUCCUCCGUCCUGGAUCUCAUCGCCGACACCUCUGGCGAGAGACACAUCCGCGCCAUCAGCCAGUACGCAUGGGUCCAAGUCGGCCCGGAGCGCUUCGUCCUCUCCGCCCCGAGCGGAUCCUACAUCCGCAUCGAGAGGCUCGCCGAGCAAAAGGGCGCCUCGGAACCCACCUACCACGCGCUCGAGAUCCGCGCCCUCCCCACCGGCAUAGCAAAGUCCCCCUAUGCCGCUCCGCGCGAGAUCCUCAAGGCCGCGACGUUCAACGACGCGGUCCACGGCGCCGACAGCUACGCCGCCAGCGCAUUCCCCCACACUUUCAUCCACCGGCACCAGUCCUGGCGAAGACUACCCCCGACGCAGGGCCAGGUGGACUACAUCAACAAGCUCCGCGGGAAGAGCAAGCCCCUGACCACGGGGGAGCUGACAAAGGGCAAGGCGGCCGACAUGAUCACGAAGCUGAAGCACGGGGCUCGCGGCCAGUUUGCGAGGAUGGAGGCGGAGCAGCGGAGGCGGGAGAAGACGAGAUAUACCCUUGAGACGAGGCAGGACAGGGAAUACGUCAGGGUCGGGCCGCUGUCGGCUUGA